AUGCGACCUCAUUGUCCUCGUGAAGAUGUAUUAACGGCUGCUGUAGCUGCUCGUAAUGCUAACGCAGACUUGCUUAUAAGUAUCGGCGGUGGUUCUGUAAUUGACGGCACUAAAGCUGUCAAUUUAUGUCUUGAUCAAAACAUUACGCAAAUUGAACAGUUUGAUAAAUAUGUCGUCGAAGAAAAACUUUUGGAGCCACCAAAAUGGACGUACAACGAAACGAUAAACCAAAUCGUUGUUCCAACAACGUUAAGUGGAGGGGAAUUCACGUGUAUUUCUGGCAUCACAAAUUCUCAAGAAAAACACAAGCAACCUUAUUCACACCCAGAUUUGCAACCUUACUGCGUAAUCUUCGACCCAGAGUUAACCCUCCAUACCCCCGAGUGGUUAUGGCUAUCGACUGGAGUGCGUGCUAUUGAUCAUUGUGCAGAAGCAAUUUGCUCCAUCAACGGAACUCAUCUAUCAACUGCUGUAGCUUCUACAGCUCUUCGCAUGUUAGUAAAAUUUUUACCAAAAACAAAGAAAGAUCCCGGCGAUAUAGAUGCAAGAUUGCAAUGUCAGAUUGGUGCAUGGAAAGCUGUUGAAACUGUAAUGAUGGGCGUAGAUUAUGGUGGCAGUCAUGCUAUUGGACAUGUUCAAGGUGGUACAGCAAAUAUUCAUCAUGGCUACACCUCUUGCAUUAAUUUGCCGUACGUUCUCCAGUACAACGAACCUGAAAUUCCUGAAAAAUGCAAAUUGGUUGCAGAUUGUCUUGGUGCUCCAUCUGGAAUUUCCGCUGCAGAUGCAAUGGAUGCCUUCAUUCGUGAAUGUGGGAUGCCACGCACCUUGAGCGAUGUGAAUUUUCCAAUGGACAAAUUUGACUUGGUUUGUGAGUUGGCUAUGAAAGAUCCAUGGACAGCUUGUAACCCCCGGAAGCUUGCGACUCCAGAGGAUGUUAAAAUUAUCAUGUCAAUGGCUCGAGAUGGUAAACCGAACAAAGACAAAUUUAGUAAAUAUGAAGAAAACAGUUAG